AUGGAUCUCCAGGGUACUCCUCUUCCUCAUGGUGCCCGCAGCACCAAGGUCACCACCGACCCCAUUGCUUCCCAGCAGCCCAUCAAUGAGCCCUCUGGUCCUGUUGCCAACGACUCCCUCGCUGCUCAGUCCGUUCGCCAGAGUGGUGCCUUCUCUGAGAACCGUGGUGCCGAGCCCAUCGGUGUCUCCGGUAGCAAGUCUACUCUGAACAACACCAACACAUCCAGCGCCACUGAGCUCCCUUCCGCUCCCGUUGGCGGUCUCCGUGAGGACCGCGAGCGCCAGGAGAAGUACCCCGAGGCUCUCGGCGGCCAGGGUAACUUCCCCGGUGCCCACUCCCAGGCUGGCUAUGCCGGUGGCCCUACCGCUGCGAAGGAGCAGAUGGGUAUGCACACUGGCCAGCACGCCACUGCUGGCGGCAGUGCCCACAGCCACGUCGCUGGCCAGGCCCCCUCUUACGUGAACGAUGUCACCGACAGCUACAAGCACACCAAGCCUGAUGGCCGUAACAUCCAAGAGGGUGGUUUCUCUUCCGAGGAUAAGAACGCUAGCUUCACUACCGAGAUUGGGUCUGAUCAAGAUCCUGCCCGUGCUGCCAUCAACAAGUUCCAGCGCAUGAACGCUGAGAGCGGUCUUGAUGCCGGCCAUCCCCACCAAAAGGGUGGUGUUGAUAACCAGCAACCCUUCCAGGCUCUUGAUGAGCAGCGUAUCUAA